UUCAUACAUCAAGACUUCAUAAAGUGGAGAUGACAAAAGGAUGCGAGACCGACCUCGAGGCAAUCGGGAAUUUGAAUUGAUUUCUUCAUCGUUUGACCUCGUUCCAAUUUGCCUUUCCUCAGUCUCGUUGGCCGAUUGCUGGCCAGAAUACAAUGCCUCCAAAUGCAUCGAGGACCGUCUUUGUCGCCAACAUCCCCUAUGACGUUUCCGAAGAGCAGCUAGCCAAUGUCUUCUCAGAGGUCGGCCCAGUCGCCAACGUUGAAAUCAAGUUCGAUCCACAGACGGGCAGAAGCAAGGGAUACGCCUUUGUUCAGUAUACAGACGAAGCGACGGCCUUCUCAGCCGUUAGAAACUUACAUGAAGUGCCUGUGAAUGGACGGAAUCUCCGUGUGGAGCUAUCCACAGAAGAACCUGGACCGAGACGUCGUGUAGGCGGGCCAGGAGGAGGAGGAGGUGAUAGUGGUCCACCGGGAGGGGGUGUUAUUCGGGGUGGACCUGGAGCAGGAGGAGCAGGAGUCGGAGGAAGGCGGAGCGGAGGUGAUAGAGAUUUCUCACCAGCGCAAGGAGGGGGAGGUGGUGGUGGUGGUGGUGGACCGCCAGGCGGCGGGUACGGUCGCAGACCGAUGGAGGAUGAUUACGGAUAUGGGGGACCAGGUGGACCCGGAUCUGGACCCGGACCUGGAGCAGGAGCUGGAGCUGGGGGACCACCUAUUGAUCUCCAUCUGAUACCUCAAGGACGUGAUGUUCCACCUGGACAGAAGGCUACCGAUGUCAUCAGUAAGACUCUGGCAGGUAUCCAACCUGGACAAAUGCAGGAUGUUAUGAUGGGCAUGAAGACACUCGUAACGACUCAACCGGACAAAGCUAGACAAAUGCUCAUGAGUAGCCCACAACUGGCGUAUGCCUUAUUUCAGGCCAUGCUUCUCAUGAACAUUGUUGAUCCAGCUGUCCUCCAACGCAUCACACCCCUACCGCCUGCUGCUGCUGCACCACCCCCUCAAUCACAGUAUCCUCCACCACCACAACAAUCCAGCUACCCGUCUUAUCCUCCACCUGGUCCUCCGGCACAACCAUCCUUCCCUCCUCCUCCUCAACACCACCAAAGUUAUCCGCCUCCGCAGCCAGCGUACGGUGCACCUCCUCCUGGACCACCAGGUGGUUACGGUGCGCCCCCACCAGCUGCUACGCCUGCCCUAUCGCCCGCUGUACAGGCACAGCUUGCGACGUUGCCGGCGGACCAACGAGAUAUGCUGAUGCAGGUCCUGACUCUGACUCCCGAGCAAAUCAACGCCGUGGAUCUAACACAAAGAGAAUCCAUCAGGCAGCUACGCCAGCAGUUCCUCGGUACCGCUUAGGGACAGUAGGGGCAGGCGUCAAUCCCCCAGAAAGAAACAAAAUAAAUGU